CCUCCCUCCCUCUCUCUCUCUCUCUCUCUCGCUUUCUUCUUUGUCUUUUUGUCGAUUCGGAAUUUCACAUCUGUUCCAUUUAAACAUCCAUGUGAAGGUACUUUUUCUUUGCCUCCAAUUUUCUCUUUCUGUCUGCUGGCCUUUCUGUGUAAAUCUCUAUCUUGUUAGCUUGGUUUUUGAAACUCAAGAAUGAGUUGUAUUAUUUGUGAUAUUGGAUCAACUGAUUAACAAAAACAUUUCUUCUUCUUCUUCUUGUUCUCUCUCUCUGGGUUUUGUUGUGGAUCUUUAUAGAAUUGAAUCCAACAAGAAUCUUAAAUAGGUGUAAAGAAUCAAACCCUUUUGAUAUACUAUCCUUGUGGUAUUUGUGUUAAUUGUUCACUUUUCAAGUUUGUUCUCACACAUGUACAGAAAACCUCAAUAGAACACCAUACAUAUACAUCAAAUGGACAAUUACAACAAUCCUUCUUCUUCAUACCCUUACAAUAAUCCUGCCCCUGGAUACUCUCAUGUUCCACCUUCAUACCCACCUCCCAAUUCUGGUCCAUACCCUCCUCUCAAUUCUGGCCCAUACCCUCCUCCUGCCUAUCCCCCUGCUCCUUAUUACCCUCAUGCUGGCCCUCUUCCCUAUCUCUACCCCCGUCCGGUUUCCAAUCCCUUCCCUCCGGAAUACCCGUACCCUCCUCCCUCGCAUUCCGGCCCCCUUCACUAUCCAUCAAACCAAACAUACACAACCCCGCCCAUUUCCACUCCCCCACCUCAGCCAACCCUAACUCACCAGAGUAGUUUCCCAUAUGGUUCAUCUCAUCACCAUUAUCAACCCUCCGCGCCCUUGUCCUAUCCGCCUCCAGAAACUUACUCCAAUGCCCCAUCUUGGGUUGGUAGUUUUUCCGAUAAUAGCCCCAUUUACCCACCACCUUAUCCACCCAUAGAUGAUCUCUUAUCUAAGGCUCGCAUAUCCGAUAAUUCUGCGUCCCCACCAGCGCCUUCAGCACCACCGGUGUCAAGUUCUCCCCUUACAUUGCACGCUUCUAGUACAAAGUAUGACACCCAAGGGGACAUUUAUGGGUACUCUAAUUCGUCGUUUUCUCAUUCGGGUGAUUUGUCGUUUUCUCAUUCGGGUUCAAUUGAUUCGUCUGCUCAUCCUGCUUUAACCCAUUCAACCUCAUUUCUUGACUCCCCCCAUAGUCAGAGUUUGCAAAUUGUGCCGUUUCCAACUUCUAAAGGGUCCUUGAAAGUUUUGCUCUUACAUGGGAACUUAGAUAUUUUGGUUGACAAGGCCGAAAACCUUCCAAACAUGGACAUGUUUCAUAAAACAUUAGGAGAUGUCUUUAACAAGCUACCCGGGAAUAUGAGUACCAAGAUUGAAGGCAGUGUUCAUAAAAUCACCAGUGAUCCAUAUGUCUCCAUUUCGGUGACGAGUGCAGUGAUUGGGAGGACUUACGUCAUUAGUAACAGCGAAAACCCUAUUUGGAUGCAACGGUUUUAUGUUCCUGUAGCACAUUAUGCUGCUGAAGUGCACUUUCUUGUUAAGGACAGUGAUGUUGUGGGAUCCCAACUCAUGGGAGUUGUGGCAAUUCCAGUAGAACAAAUAUACUCGGGGCAAAAAGUCCAGGGUGUCUAUCCAAUUCUGGGCACUAAUGGAAAACCCUGCAAACCGGGAGCUGUUUUGAGCCUCUCGAUUCAAUACACACCGAUGGAGAGAUUGAGUAUUUAUCACCAUGGAGUUGGAGCGGGUCCCAAUUAUUUUGGGGUUCCUGGGCCUUAUUUUCCUCUUCGGAGAGGUGGAAUAGUGACUCUUUAUCAAGACGCCCACGUACCUGAUGAUUUCCUUCCUAAUUUGAAGCUUGAUAAUGGGAUGCAAUAUGUGCAAGGGAAGUGCUGGCAUGACAUCUUUGUUGCAAUUCGUCAAGCGCAACGUUUGAUUUAUAUUACUGGGUGGUCUGUAUGGCACAAAGUUAAACUGGUCAGGGAUGGUGGUCAUGCAUCAGAUUUCACAUUGGGAGAUCUUUUGAAGUCAAAGUCACAGGAAGGAGUGAGAGUGUUGUUGCUUGUUUGGGAUGAUCCAACUUCAAGGAGCAUCUUAGGUUACAAAACAGAUGGAAUCAUGCAAACACAUGACGAAGAAACUCGCCGAUUUUUCAAGCAUUCUUCAGUUCAGGUGCUACUUUGUCCCCGCACUGCUGGAAAGAAGCACAGCUGGGUCAAGCAGCGGGAAGUUGAAACAAUCUAUACACAUCAUCAGAAAACUGUUAUUGUGGAUGCUGACGCUGGCAAUAAUAGAAGAAGAAUCACAGCUUUUGUUGGGGGACUUGAUUUGUGCAACGGGCGAUAUGAUACUCCACAGCAUCCUAUACUUAGGACCCUACAAUCUGUGCAUAAAGAUGACUUUCACAACCCUACCUACACGGGGAGUGUUGCUGGUUGUCCAAGAGAACCAUGGCAUGACUUGCACUCUAAGAUUGAUGGUCCAGCAGCGUAUGAUGUUCUGACCAACUUUGAGGAGCGCUGGUGUAGGGCUUCUAAACCCUCCGGUAUCAAGAAACUUAAGAUGUCUGACGAUGAUGCUUUACUAAGAAUAGAAAGGAUUCCUGACAUAAUCGGGGUCGCUGAUGCUCCUUGCUGUAGUGAGAGUGAUCCUGAGGGUUGGCAUGUUCAGAUUUUUCGAUCCAUUGAUUCAAAUUCUGUUAAAGGGUUUCCAAAGGAUCCAAAAGAAGCUAUCCACAAGAACCUGAUAUGUGGGAAGAAUGUACUUAUUGAUAUGAGCAUACAUACAGCGUAUGUUAAGGCUAUUCGUGCUGCUCAGCAGUUUAUCUAUAUUGAAAAUCAGUAUUUCAUAGGGUCUUCUUUCAACUGGAACUCCUCCAAAGAUUUGGGUGCAAACAAUUUGAUUCCCAUGGAAAUUGCCCUUAAAAUUGCUAGUAAAAUCAGAGCACAUGAGAGGUUUGCAGUUUACAUUAUUAUCCCAAUGUGGCCAGAAGGCAAUCCAACAGGUGCUGCUACACAAAGGAUUUUAUUUUGGCAGAACAAAACAAUGCAAAUGAUGUACGAAACCAUUUACAAGGCUUUAGCGGAGGUUGGGCUGGAGGAUGCGUUCACCCCUCUAGAUUAUUUGAACUUCUUCUGUCUUGGCAACCGUGAAGUCGCAGGCAGAGAUAAUUCAUUUGUGGAAAAUUCUGCUCCGGCAAACACCCCUCAGGCACUGAGCCAGAAGAGCCGAAGGUUCAUGAUUUAUGUUCAUUCGAAAGGAAUGAUAGUGGACGAUGAGUAUGUAAUCUUGGGGUCUGCAAACAUCAAUCAGCGAUCAAUGGAGGGCACCAGAGACACUGAGAUUGCAAUGGGAGCGUACCAACCUCAUCAUACUUGGGCAAAAAAACUACGUAGUCCACAGGGACAGAUAUAUGGAUACAGGAUGUCACUGUGGGCAGAGCAUCUUGGAACAAUAGAGAACUGCUUUAUGCAACCCGAGAGUCUUGAGUGUGUGAGAAAGGUUAGAUCAAUGGGUGAGAUGAACUGGCAACAAUUUGCGGCUGAUGAGGUGACAGAGAUGAGGGCCCACCUCCUAAAGUACCCAGUUGACGUUGAUCAUAAGGGCAAGGUGAGCCCCCUUCCUGGAUGUGAAAAUUUUCCAGAUGUGGGUGGGCGCAUCGUUGGAUCGUUUCUUGCCAUUCAAGAAAAUUUAACUAUUUGAUCUCUACUCAUCAGUUCAUAUUCCUCUUGUAAACUAAUGUGAAGUUGAUAGUGAUUGAAAUGGAGAUGAAUGCAAACAGAAUCAGGAGCAGGAAGAUUAGUGUUGUUCCACUUUCUUCUUUUAUGCUUUUUCUGGUUUCUGGGUUGCCACCCCCUUUGAAAGUGGGACUAAUUUCCACAUGUACAAGAUUAUUGUAACAUUAUAGAAUUACCUGAACCUGACCCAGUUUUGUGAGAUAAUGUGAUGUUUUGUUGUUUGUA